CGGAAAAGGAGUUGCGGGAAGAAGUUGUUGAACUUUGUCAACGCAGUGAUAGUAAAUCUUCGUUAUUUUUUGCUUUCUGUUUUAAUCUAACCAACAUUGUUGAAAUCAACAGCCAGUUGAUUUCGCCUAACCCACGGAGGCGGGUGGAUACGUGUCUGUCUGCCUUUAUUUGUCGAUUUUCACUGUUUUUGAAAGCGAAAGCAAAUUGAAGCGGGCCUGUGAAGCCAUGUCUGACAACAUGGAUGAGGAUGAGCCUUUACCUCUCCAGCAGGACCUGACCUGCCCUAUAUGCCAGGGCAUAUUCCGGGACCCGAUGUUGCUGCCCUGCACCCACAGCUUCUGUCGGGAGUGUCUGGAGGAAAAUUGUAAGCACAGCAAAACGUGUCCCGUCUGCAGGGUGGUGUGUGACAAAGACAAGGCCAUCGCCAAUCGUGCGCUCAAUAGCACCUGCGAGUCCUUCCUUAAACAGACGAACAAACGACCGAAAACCAUUCAGUCCAGUGAGGCAGUCUGCAACCUGCACCUGAAACCCCUGGAGCUGUACUGCGAGAAGGACGAGGAGCCGGUGUGCGUGGACUGCGUCCCUCUGCACAGCACCCACAGGCUGUACACACUGAGCGAUGGGGCGCCCAUGUGCAAGUCUUUAUAUAGCUCUCUGCUGUCUUUUGCUAAGUUACAACUGUCUCUCAUUAACUUUACACAUUGCCGUCUCUUGUCUAGAGCUCACUGGUCUCGUUCAGAGCCUCGCCUUCCCUACGGAUCCCUUUUGAACGUGGCCAAACACGUUGGUGGUCUGGGCUUCAACGUAUGGAAGAAAAUGCAGUCUCAUGUGAAAUAUUAUCCAGUGCUGUUGAACCCGAACACAGCCUCGCCUUGGCUGUCUUUGAGUUCAGACCUGGUCAGUGUGAAGGAAAGCUCAGAGCGGCUGACCGUCCCUGAUAACCCAUAUCGCUUUGAUCCCUGCGUCUUUGUCCUCGGUGCUGAAGGUUACACCUCCGGGAAACACAAAUGGGAUGUCCUUGUAGGUGACAACCCCAAGUGGAUAGUGGGAGUGUGCAGAGAGUCAUUGCCGCGUAAAAAGAAGUUUACAGUCGCAACAAACCGCGGUGUGUGGGCCUUAGGACUGAGCAAAGGGGUGUAUAACGUAAUGACGACUAAGCGUGAAGAGCUGCAGCUUCAGCAGCGACCUGAAAAGAUUCGAGUCAAGCUUAAUAUGGAAAAGGGAGAGGUGUCAUUUUGGGAUGGAGGGUUAGGGAAGCACCUGGUCACACUUACACACAAGUUUGAAGGUGUGAUAUUUCCUAUUUUUGGUCCUGGCCUCCAUAGCUCGCCCAUGGCUCUGGUUCCAGGAAAAAUAGCUAUACACAUGUCAACAACCCAGGAUAAGGUUAUUGCCGUGAAGAUGCGAGAUUGAAAAUCAAUGAUGAAAAACUUUUAAAA